CCCUCCUCCACAAUAUGCAAAACCUCCAACAACAACACACGACAUUUUAAAAUUCUUAAAAUUUUGUGUGUUGUGCUCUUCAUGCUCCUCAACCGAACGACCCUGAAAUCGUGAUUGACUCGUUGCAUGCUUAUUCCAAUAUCGACGAUUUACAUUUCGUCUUUUCAGAAAUAUAUCAAUCAAUUUCAAUUUUCCCACAGAUACAAAAGUCCCUAAAACCACCAUCACCUUUCAAUUCUCUUCCCCUCCUUUGCCUCUUCACCCACUUUUGUCUUUUGGGUGUGGAUCGGUUUUUGGUGGGUCCUUUUCGUUUGUGGGAGGUUUGGUUUAAUUUCUAGAGAGACAUGGGAGCUUGUUGUAGCAAGGAGAAAUUGCAUGGAGGAGGGUACAUGGAGGAUGAUCGUAUGGCCAAUCGGAAUGAGUAUUCCGAGGCUGAUAAGGAAGAGGAUAGUGUAAGGUGUGGGGACGAUGGGGCACGCAUAAGGUUGGAAGGGUGUUCUAGGAACGUAUCCAUGUACACCCAGCAAGGAAGAAAAGGGAUCAAUCAAGAUGCAAUGACAGUUUGGGAGGACUUUACUGAGAAAGGCAUGCACUUCUGCGGUGUGUUUGAUGGUCAUGGCCCCGACGGUCACAAAGUUGCAAGAUGCGUACGUGACAAUUUACCCUCAAAGCUCUCCGAAGUCAUCAAAAUUUACCAGCUCAACACCGGCAUAUUCAGCGACAUCAAUGUUGCCGGAAGCGAGCUCAAUGCAAACAACCGUAAAAGUCACGAUAGGAAAGCCAGUAGCGAUCUCUCUCUUCCGUCAUGGGAAGCCAGUUUCGUUAAAUCAUUCAAGGAAAUGGAUGAAGAACUUAGCCUUGAUAACACCAUUGAUAGCUUCUGCAGUGGUUCAACAGCUGUAACUGUAGUUAAACAGGGUGAUCAUUUGGUGAUUGCCAACUUAGGCGAUUCUCGUGCAGUUCUUGGAACUAGAUCAGGAGAGAAAAACCAAAUCGUUCCUGUCCAGCUCACAGUUGAUUUGAAACCUGAUACUCCAAGUGAAGCUGAGAGAAUUAUGAAAUGCAAAGGCAGGAUUUUAUCAGUGGAGGGAGAACCACAAGUGUUUAGAUUAUGGAUGCCGGAUGAAGACUGCCCUGGUCUUGCAAUGGCAAGAGCUUUCGGGGAUUUCUGUGUCAAAGAUUACGGUCUAACCUCAAGUCCGGAAGUUUUCUACAGGAAGAUAUCAAGUGAUGAUGAAUUUGUGGUCUUGGCAACUGAUGGGAUUUGGGAUGCUUUAACAAACAGUGAUGUGGUAAAGAUAGUUGCAUCAGCAAGGAAGCGAUCCAUGGCAGCAGAAUUACUAGUAAAGCGUGCAGUUAGAGCAUGGAAACGAAAGUUCCCCCAAUCGAAAAUUGAUGAUUGUGCAGUUAUAUGCUUGUUCCUGAAGGACCAACCGGCUUCUUCAUUAACACAAUCCGAUUCCCAUGCGAGCCGUGUAGGCAAAGGAAAUGACUCUGAGCUUUCCCUUUCUUACUAUAGCAAAAGAUCGAAUGUUGCAAGCGAUCAGGGAGGCCCUGCAUCCGAGAUCAACAGCAAGAUGAUGGAGGAUGAGAAGGAUACCGUGUUGAACUGUAAUGUCUCACAAGACGCAAAGGAAGAGUGGAAUGCCAUUAAAGGUGUUGACAGAGUAAAUACCAUGUUGAAGCUUCCUCAAUUUUCUAAUGGUUUGAGUCGGAGGAAAACAUCAAAGGAUUACGAAGAGGUUGAAGCUCAUUGAUUAAUUAGCUUCCGUGACGAGGCCUUAAAUCGAGCAAUUUGCGACCGUGGUUAAGGAUCAGCAACCAACAAUAUUCAUCAAACAUCUCUCGGAAGGUGCAAUUUCAGCUUCCUGCCAAAUUCGAAAGAAACAGUGCAGCCACAAAUUCUGCUUGUAGAAUUGGCUAGGAGAAAAGAGUACAUGUAGAUAUUUGUCUAACCAUGAAGUUAGAAGUGCAAUUUCAACGAGGAAUACUGAUAUAUAAAAUAUAUGAAAUAUACGAAGUUGGCUUCUA